UUUGCAGGCGAAACUGAGGUUGAAGUCGGCGCAGAGGAGCAAUCACGACGGGCUUCGGAAGUCGCUUUUCGGAACCAAGAUGUGGAAGUCCGUGGCGGGACACAAUGUGUCCGUGAAGGUGGAGUCCCAAGGAGACGACUGGGACACAGACCCGGAUUUUGUGAACGACAUCUCGGAGAAAGAGCAGAGGUGGGGGGCGAAAACCAUCGAGGGCUCCGGCCGCGCAGAGCACAUCGACAUUCACAAGCUAAGGAGCAAAGUGUCCGCGGAACAUGAAGUUCUCAAGAAGAAGGAGUUGGAGGCAGCGCCCAAGGCGUCGUACGGUUACGGGGGCAAGUUUGGCACGGAGAAGGACCGCAUGGACAAGAGUGCUCUGGGCCAUGAGUAUGUUGCUGAAGUGGGGAUGCACUCGUCUCAGACAGAUGCAGCCAAGGGCUUCGGAGGAAAGUAUGGGGUGCAGAGGGACCGAGCAGACAAGUCAGCUCUCGGUUUUGAGUACAAGGGCGAAGUCGAGAUGCACACCUCCCAGAAAGAUUACGCCGUUGGCUUUGGGGGCAAGUACGGUGUGCAAAAGGACCGCCAAGACAAAUCUGCCCUGAGUUGGUCACACAAGGAGGAAUCGAAACCCCACGAGUCCCAGACAGAUUACGCCGUUGGCUUUGGGGGCAAGUACGGUGUGCAGAAAGACCGCCAAGACAAAUCUGCCCUGAGCUGGUCGCACAAAGAGGAAUUGAAACCCCACGAGUCCCAGACAGAUCAUGCCAAAGGUUUUGGGGGCCGCUAUGGGGUACAGAAGGACCGGGUGGACAAGAGCGCUGCUGGUUUCAAUGAGAUGGAAGCUCCAACUUCCUCAUAUGAGAAGACAACACCUGUGGAGGCCGCCUCUGCUGGAGCAGGUAACCUGAGGCAGCGGUUUGAGAGCAUGGCCAAGUCAGCCGAGGAAGACAACCGGAAGAGGGCAGAGGAGGAGCGAGCGCGUCGCCAGGCCCGGGAGAAGCAGGAGCGCCAGGCAGCCCAGAAGCAGCUGCAGCAGGAGGAGGAGCAACGGCAACAGGAGCAGGAGGAAACCCAGAGAUGUGAGGAGCCGAGGAGCAAUGCUGCAGCCCCCAGACUCUCGCCAGGGCCCAUGAAAGUGGGCAGAGAGGACAUUGGCUUUCCCCCUGUGCCACCGCCAGCCCCUCAGCACCAGGCACCGCCAGAGGAGGAAGAGGAAUCCCCUCCAGCUCUUCCUCCACGGAGCCUGCCCUGGGACGAGGGCGUUGCAGAGCCACCCAAGCCAUCUUACGUGCUGCCGCCGCCGCCGCUACCUGUGGACACGGAAAGCCAGGACCACGGCGGUGACUAUGAGGAAGUCGGGGGGCCCUUGGACCGCCAGGGGCCUCCCAGCUUGGAUGAGGAUUACGGGGACUAUGAGGAGAUGCCGGGCGGCCUGGAUGGGGACGAAACCAUCUAUGACAACGCUCUGGAUGCCGACCAGGAGGACUACGAGGAGAUCCCGGAUCAGGUUCUCAGCAACCGUGGGGGAGCGCCCUCGGCAGGAGCGAGCCAGUCAGGGCUGUGCGCUCGAGCCCUCUACGAUUACCAGGGAGAUGGGGACGAUGAGAUUUCCUUCGACCCUGGAGACACCAUCACGGCCAUCGAGCAAGUGGACGAGGGCUGGUGGCGCGGAUCCUGCCAAGGCAGGCAUGGCCUGUUCCCAGCCAAUUACGUGGAGCUGCUGCCAUGAUGCUCUCUGUUGUAAUGUGGAAACUGCGUUCCCCAGCCCCUCUGUGCCCCCACCCCAGCUUCCUUCUGUUUCACACCAAUAGGCUCCAAUCCAGCCCCUCGCAAGCACCUCCCAAUUCAUUGAAACAUACAGUAU